GGGAAUCAUGGAUACAGAAUCAGGGGUCCUUAGUGGACAGUUUGAAAUUCUGCCGACAAAGAAGUCAUUCCUCGUAACUCUAACAAGAAAAUCGUUGACUUACAGCAAAGGUGCCGCUGGAUCGUGUCCCUGUGUUGGAAGAAAUCGCUCGGCGAUCUCCGUAACAAUGAAAUUGGUGGAUGUAUACGGAGCGCGAGCCUACAGGGGUCCUGAUGGAGAUAUAGCCGGCUAUUUUCAAGUAUAUUCUUGUCCUUUGUUUGAAAAGAAAAGAGUCAGACGUAAAACUUGCUUUAAAGUCGCAUCGUUUGACAGCAAGGAAUCGAAUGCCGCUUUGGCUGAAAAAUGGGUUCGGACCAUUCUAUGGUUGGUCAAGGAACCGGGGAAGACUUUAGAAAACAUUGAAGGUAAAAUUUGUCUUUUUCAUACGUAACCUGCGAGACAUCACACUUUGUUAAUGUUUGUGAUCGGUAAAGUUUCUAAAAUCAUUGAUAUAUUUCGGAGGGGUGAAACUUAUGAUGCAGUACGAUCGACGUAAUUUAUUAUAUCGAUCGUGCUACAUUAGUCGUAUCAAUAAGUGACGUCACAGCUCGAGACACUCACAUGAGCAUGUACAAAUUAGUUGUUAAUUUGGGUCAGACUGCUACAGCUGUUUUUUAAACAUGCACUGAUCAUGUGACUGAUGUUCUUUAUCGUGUCAUAAUUCAUUGCAAUUUACCUCCCAAGGUUAAAAAACUAUAAGUUUAUCAUCAUUUACCAAUACUGAGGGGGGCGUAAGGGUUUGCGGUAUUGCGGUAUUGGAUUGUUUUUACUGCGGUGUUGCGGUAAUUUUUGUUUCAAAGCACGGUAUUGCGGUUUUCAGAGUCCAAGCGGUGUGCGGUAAGUUUAAAUUUUAUGUCGCGGUAGGCGGUGAAAAAAUCGUUGUGUCGCGGUGAUCUGCUUCUUUUUCAUGACAAGAGGAUACAAAUUCUGACAGUUCUCCCUAGCUAGCCUGCGUGACCUGCGUGUCUUCCUAUAGUUGCACAGUCGGGGAUCGUAUAUUGCGCAAACAGUGCCGACAAAUCGUAUGGUUUGUAAUUUCAUUUAAUACUUGAUAUGAUUAACGACAUUAACUUUUUUAUCCAAUGAUAAGUAAACAUAUCGCAUUAUUUAUAACCUCAUGGACCUUGUGGGAAUAGUCAGCUUGGUUAACCUCCUUACCAAUCUUACCGCCAUUUUCGUGCUGGUCGUAAAACAAUGGCGAGCGAUCCACAGGGUCAACUAAGUUAUCAGUCAGAUAUUCCAGCAAAUAGUGAGGUCAGUGAGGUCGUUAUAAAUUGUGUGGUGUCGAAAGAUAAUCUAUGAAGAUGGUGUGGUCUAAAAAAUAUUACUCGUCCUUCUCGUUGUGCAUGCAGGAAUAUAGAAUGUACUAGUAUUCGUGUGCGCUUAGCCUACGUAGCAUGGGCGCCCGGGGGGCAGGGGCACUUCCUUGUAAGAGGCUAAUGGGGAUGUGCCGCUGGAUGGGGUCGCAUUUUCACGACUGGAUUGACUAUAAUGGGGUCGCACAUUUUCUGCUCUUUUGGGGUAAGACGGUUCUUCAUAUUUACGGUUAGCAAACGUACCAGAAUGUUUGCAUUGUAGAUGAAAAGUAAAGUGUUCUUCAUUCAAUCUAAAAAAUGGUCAAUUCAUUAAAAUAGAAAGUGACUAAGUUGGGAUCGCGAAAAUUACAGUCAAACCAGGUCAAGCGUUCCCGUCGCUAACGAACUAAUGAAUUCAUUCACGGAAAAAUGAUUUCUUUUGUUGAUUCAAUAAUCCAUUUAUAAAAUGAACGAUCCAAUAUUCAAAUUUAGCCUCGAUUCCAUAAUCGAACGUUGAUUCGAUUACUGUUUUUUGAAAAACUACACUUUCCACAAGUUGACUUCAGAAUUUUGUUUUUUCCUCUUUUUUUUUUCUGAGAGUCGAAAAGGGCGAAGUUCUGAAGUUCAAACCCAAACAAACUGUUACAUGUACGCCAGUUUUCUGCCAGUAAUCAGUGCAACAGACCUAGGUCUGACCUCUUAGAAAAAACACGACAGUCAAACUGAGGUCAGUGUAUGUGCGGUGAUUGGUGGAUUUCGAUCCUCGGCCUUUGUCAGUUUCUUUGCGUUUGCGGUGUGUCUAUUCUAGCUCAGAGAUUCUAGCUGUUAUUUUGAUUAAAGGCAAUGAAAAACGCAAUCGUAAAAGCGGCAGGAAAAGGGAAAAUACGAUUGAACACAACAGACAAGAAUAAAGAACAGGUAGAUUUUGUUCAUAAACCAUAUCAACAUUUGAUUAUUGAAUCGAGGUACGAUUUGACUGUUGGAUUAUUCAUUUUAUGAAUGGAUUAUAGAAUCAACAAACGAAAUCGUUUUACCAUUAAUGAAUUCAUUAGUUUGUUAGCGACGGGAACGCUUGACCUGGUUUGACUGUAAAUAUUUGUCCAAAAGUGACCAAGAUGGGGUCUAUAAUUGGCCACUGAAUAGACUAUAAUGGGGUAGGGGCUCUGAGAGGCCAGCGGCACAUUCCAAGCAAAAAUUAACCCAAGUACUCCUCAGGGCAUGGCAGUUUUACAGAGUUUUGGCGGCAGCACGACUUUGAGCGGCGAAGCAGCUCGCGCCCCAAUCUCCUCGCCCGCGCCCGCCUUUUAUAGCGCGCCCAACCAAAACCGCCAUGCUACGCAGGCUAGUGUGUGCUGUGUGCACUUCGAAUCCCAAAGGCAGCCCGGGUCGACGUUUUGAAAUGCUCAACAAAGAAACGAGUUAACUAUUGUGAAUCUGAAACAACCUCAUAAGAGUCAACUGUUUACCGUCCGUUUAUGAUCUAGGUCAGUAAUAUAUAAAAUAAUACUAGAAAACUCCUGUUGUAUCAUUUAUGUAAACGUAUACAUGUAAUGAACAAAGUUAAACGAGUGCGAUGAUCUUAUGUUUAUCGUACGCUUGACAUCGACGCACCUUAAUUUGGAAAGACUGACAUAAAAGCAUUAAUUCUAUUUGAAAGGAGGAUUUUUAGUAUUGACAACGUCAACCUUUUCCCAGUUGUAACUGCGGUUUCGGUAUUUGGCUAAAUUUUGAUGCGCUAUUGCGGUAUUCUCGCGCUACCAUGUGCGGUAUUGCGGUAUUCGUACCCCCCUUACGCCCCCCUCAAUACUGUUCACACUUAUGAUAAAAAUUGAAAAUUAAAAGUCAAAGGUGUCCUAAAAAAGAUAAGUCUUUGAGCUUAGUUUUAAAAACGGAGAACUGAUAAAAGUUGCCUAAUUUCCACUGGAAAUUUGUUCCAUUGUUUCAGUCCUGCUACUGAGUAUGCCCCUAAGGGUGGGAGGGUUGGGGGGUACUCAACCAAAUUUUAUUACAGGGAGGCUCCGUCCACAGUUACAGCCCCUUAUCCUUUUAUAUACCAUUUUUGAGAGAAAAAGUAUGCCUCUCUUUUACCUUUUAUUUACCCCUUUCAUGUACCAGUUUAAAACGCUGCAUCCGUUUUAACUGCUGUAAAAGGACCAUGUCUUUUAAGUAUGAGAAAAUCACUAAACCAGAAGGUUUUCUGGUCUUUUUCACAGCCAUUAAAUCCGCCUGUAGACAUGGCCCAGGUUCUUGUAUCUCAGGAAGUCUCUGAUGUAUCUAGGUGCCUAACCAUUUUGAGCCUUAUAAGUCAAUAGCAAUAUUUUAAAAAUAAUUCUGAGGGGCAGAGAGAGUAAAUGUAAACACCUGAGUAUCAAUGCUUCUUGAUGCAGUAACAAGGCAACCUUUUAAAAUAGAUAGUUAAUAUUAAGUACUUGGAAGUUAUAGUGUUGUUUAGGUUUUUUAUUUGUUCAAAUGUAUACUUGUUACCUGUUUACUCCAUAUUUUUGCAGAAGAGAGAACUUUACCACCUGGCCGUAAGCUACUAAUACUUAUAAAUCCAUUUAGUGGAUCUGGGAAAAGUUUAAAAAUCUUUCAUGAGCAAGUGGAGUCAAUGUUAAAUGAAGCUAACAUUGAAUUUAAUCAACGAACUACAGGUAGGUAAAAUUUUCACUGAUUUUGUUACUUGAAGUCCCUUGAGUUUUAGAAGAGGGGAAAACUAGAAUAAUUCUGCACCAUAAGAAAGUAACCUCUUGGAGCAAUUAAAGACUUAAGAACCUGCACAGCAACUGAACUGGCUGACGUAUGGUGUAAUGCCUUCAGAACUCAUGAACAGUAAAUAUUGAGUCUUUUUGGUGGAGAGGAAGUGCUCUUAUCAAUGCAGAAGUUGUAUUUUUUGCUCCCCAAAGGAAGUUGUUUUGAAUAUUGAUGUCCUCAAGGUGGGACAAAGAUAAAAAACUCCAGUUGGUCAAAGAAUCUGACCAGCCCAAAGUUCUGAGGAGUUUAAUUCCCAAAUUUAAUAUUUUGAUAUCUCUUAUUUCUUUUGAAAAAGGUAAAUUAAUAAACUUUCUUGUUAACUAGCAGCCUGUAAUGACCUGCAGACAACAGACACUUAUUUCUAGCCCAAUCAACAAAUUCUCAUAGAAAGCCAACCUUGCUAAUGCGGACACUUCAUUAACAAACUUGUGCUGUUAGUAAUAGACCUUUCUGGCCAGUUUGAAGGUAAAAGUAACCUUCAGUCAGGUUGAAAGCUUGUUGAUGUUCCCAGCGCUACAGUACACCAGAUAAGAUGAUCUGUAGACCUCAAUUUUUGGCAUCAAUGAGUUAUGCAAAGAAGGGUUUUGAUUAAGUAAAAUAUAAAUAAGUAGGAGCUAAGUUCCUCAAAUGAGCCAUUUUUAAGUGUUUCUGUGGACUUAAGCCUCAUAAUGAUGGCUUUGUAAAGGUUAGAGAUGUUUAAUUUGACUAUGCUUAUGGUUUAUUUCUGUGGUAUUUUGUUCUCAUAAAAGGAGAUUUUUUUUACUUUUAUAAAUGACCCGUUUAAUACAGACACCCUGUUAAUACUUACACUUUCUACGGUCCCUUCAGUGUCCGUAUUAACUGGGUUUGACUGUAAUGAAGAUUAUUCUCCUCCACAGAGUAUGCUGGGCAUGCUAUGGAGAUUAUGAUGUCAAUUAACUUACUUCAUGUUGAUGGGAUUGUCAUUUGCUCAGGAGAUGGGCUCGUUUAUGAGGUACCUCGUAAAUUUUUGUUCACAGUUAUACCAAGUGUGUUACCCUACAUGUUCAGAUUGAAUGGAUGGUUGAUUAAAGGGGCUGUGUCACAGAAUUCCAGUUCAUUUUGUUUAAUUUUGCCAAUUGCUUGCCCGCAAUCGCUGUGGAACUUAAUGUAAGCAAAGAAAUUACAUGUGAAUGACAAAAUCAGAGAUUCGCUCGAGACAAAUAAAUAUGUCUCUUGAUCAUUAUUUUUGAAGUUGCAAGCAGCAGAGAUCAACUUUGAAAAACUGUUAGGCUGAACAGUUUUCAAAAACCCUAAUUUCAAUUCGUUUCAAUCUUCUUCAGUUUUGCCAAUCCGUGAAAUCUGUUGUAUCUCUUGUGUUAUUUUAACCUUCCUUUAAUGUCUGAGGUGGUUAUUUUUAUGUUUCCCUUAAUCUAACAGGCAUUUUGUAUAAUUACCUAAUUUGCCUGAAUUUCAUGACACAGCUCCUUUAAAAUAAAAUUUCUCAUGCCUCCAAUUUUUUUUUUUCAUAAAGCAAUGAGCUGAGGAGCAUUAUUAGGCCUGAUUAAAGUACCAUGAGUUCUGUUAAAUAGACAUGGCUUUUGUCCCAUUUUUUGAGUUGUUAAUAAGAAUUAGGUAUUUAUAAAAAGAAAUAACUGGGAAGAGGGUCAUGAAGGGUGUAUCCACUAGCUUUCAAAGUCUGGGUUACCUUGUUACAGUCAGUUUACAACUGUGUUAUUACUGUGAGUAGAGUGAGUAUCUAAUGAACAUGUAUUUAUGCACCCAUUAAUUCAAAUCCCCCCUCCCAAACCCAAGCAAAGUUGAAGACUUGAGCAUUGAAUGGGCUAGAGAAACUAAGAAAAUGUUCUGCCCCCGGGGCAAUAAUUUGUCCUCACUUGUCCCCGCCUACUAGGGAAAUAGAGAACUGCAAGGGGUGACAGGUCAAUCACACCACCUCUCUAGCAUAAAACCUUUAUAAGAGACUCCAACCCCCUCACCGCCUCACCCCAUGUACCAGGGCUUUAUUAUUGAUCAUCAAACAUUGGCUUUGUCCCUGGCAAAGUCCUUGUAUUGCGGAGGUUAGGGGCAGGAUUAACACUGACUGUUGCAUUAACAAUUACCAUUGGUCACUCGCUAAAAUGUCUGAAAGACAAAAAAGCCAUUACAGGUAGCUAUACCAGGGUCCGAAAUUAACUUUUUUAAUACGGGCGCCAACUGGCGAUCAAAUUAUAAAUUUUUGGUCGCCAGAGGGCAAAUUGUGGUCGCCAAAAAUUCUCCUUCCCUUUUUUUUCAAUAAUAGUUUAAACACGAAUAAAAAAUGCAUGGUAUGGACGUUUUUAUGCUCGAAAAUUGCACUACUUCCGAUACCAGAAAACAACCGUACGUGUACGAGUGAAGUCUUUUUUUUCCACAAAUUACUUUUUGGAGAUAUAAAGCUGUCUGACUUAGAAAGUAGGAACAGAAAGCUGUCUGCCCAUGACUGCAAUGAUCAUAUCAAAACUCUAUUUUUUUCCGAUAUCUACCACGAAACGUAAACACGAGUCAAGCCGCCAUGUUGCUCAUACCAGGCUACAACUGUGCCACAUCACUCGUACCAGUCCGCAAAGUACAUAACGUACUUACCGUAUUUCAGCUGAAAACAUGACGGCUUGGAAACGUACAACUCGUAUUGAUGGUAGCAGUGUUGUGGAGGUAUUAUUACAGGAAGAUUCGUUUUAUUUUUAAUUAAAAGAUAUCAGCAGGACAAAAAGUAAGACUCCUGUUGGCAAAUAGCUUCGAGGUUUCAAUUCUUAAUCAGUUUCUCCGAACGUUAGAGUCCACAGUAACAACCUGCUUUACAAGUCGCUAACUGGCGACCAGCUAUGAAAUUCUGGUCGCCAGGACUAAAUUUUUAGUCGCAUUGGCGCCCAGGAAGGCGCAAUUUCGGAGCCUGUAUACGCUAUCCAUAUAGUCCCUGGUAUGUCGGAGUACGCGUCAUGUCAAAUACAUUGUAUCCAUGCGAUAAAUAUUAAAGUGACUGUAAGGCUGAAAUGCAUUAAAAUGCACUUUUGGGUGGCGUACAGUCUGGGUGGCAUGGAUAUUCUGCAGGACCUGAGAUAAGUGGUAUGCGAUUGCCUGGGGCUAGUGAAGUUACCCUUCAGGGGUAGCAUUAGCUUGCAUAGCAUGGUAGUUUUGUCAGGAGCACUACAGCCCUAGCCCGCCUUUAUUACUUUGCAUGCCCGACCAAAACCGCCAUGCUACGCAGGCUAGGUCAGCAUUGAUAUUAUUUCCCAUCUUUUUUACAUGCAUGUGUUUUUUAUCCAUAUUGUCCUACUUUCCAAUUAAAAUCCGACAACAUCCAAACUGUGCGUGCCAAAGACGUCCCAAUGACUUCUGAAGAUUCCUGAUGAUUUUCGAGGGUUGCUAGAUGUAAAUGCCAUAACAGUGGCAGCAAACCCAUGUGGAUACUUAAAUUGCAGUGUAAUUCUUUUUUGUUUUCAUUUAUUCUUUUGUGGACAGGUUAUAAAUGGGCUGAUGAAGCGAUCUGAUUGGGAAGUUGCCAUCAAAAUCCCCUUAGGUGUUAUUCCAACAGGUUCUGGUAAUGCACUCUGCUUGUCAGCUCUUCACGCCAUUGGGUAAGAUAUUAUUUUUUAUUAUUAUUCAUUCAAAUAUUUCACCUUUUCUGAUCUACUCCAGUCCCCCAGCUCAAACAAAUUUGAAAGACACGAGCAAGUAUACAAUCAAUUAGAUCAUAUGUUGUUGCAGCUGCCUCAUUUCCAGGCAGCCUAGCUGUUUAUGCCUGAGUGAACUAAACAAUAUGGUGUUCAUGGCUAUCUGAAGAUGAAAUGGCAGAAUUUAUGACUGAAACUGAAUGGAAGGAAUGCAAUAAUACACCAAAAAAUAUUGCUUGAUGGAUGACAUCUACUUUUUAAAAAGUAUCUGCAAGAAAACUGAGCAUCUCAGUUUAUAUCCUUAAACUAUGCCCAGAAAGGAAAGGUAACGAGGAGGUGUUAGGUUGCUAAGAACAGAUUGCCUGAUGUAUUCUGAAGUAAUAAUAAAACAAUUUUUGAAUUUCAUUCCGUAUGUGAAUGAUAAUGCAGAUCUCUGAGGCUGUUAUCGAUGAAUAACAUCCUCUUCAAUCUGCCUAAUUCUUCUCAGCCUCAUUCUGCAAUACCAUCGGGUGCAUCUAAGCAUGUACACGUGAAGAAAAAACAUGUUCUAAUUGGGUGCAAACAGGAUAUGUUUUGCCGCCAAACAUGUGAAGUUUGGAGUAGGCGGCUGUUGUCGACUUGAUUUGUUUUCGCUCAACAAAAUAUUCCUUGCAAGAAUUUUUAGAUGUUAAGAAUAAUUUAUGGAGGCAAGUGCUGUUUCUGAGAGAGAUAUGCCUGAAAGUUGAGAAAAAUGAAAUAUGAGCGUAUACCUGCCAACUUUUUCUGAGAUGUAGGCGUGAGAUUUUUAUCCUGGGAGUGCUGGGAUUUUUGAAAACGACACUAUCAUUUCCGAAGAUUCCCGAAGAAGUCCGAAGUCUUCCGAAGACGUCCGAAGUCUGCCGAAGGCGAAGUUAUCGAGAAGACGCUUAUCCACAAAAUCAGAGAUCGCGAGGAAGGUAUUGUCAUUUAUUCAUUUUACACAUGGUUUUCGUUCCUUACAUGUGUCUGAGUUAACAUAUUUUUGGAAAUUGUGUCCAGCAAGACGGCAACAACUCACAUUUUUCAAGCAGGCGUGAGAAAUUGGUCCGCAGGCGUGAGCGGGCGUGAGAUCGAAGUUUUCAACCCGCAGGCGUGAGAGUUGGCAGGUAUAUGAGCGGAACUCGCUAAUCAAAAACAAAUAAACAAUUCACCUUUGGCAAGACAGUUUGCUUUAAUGGCUGUCAAACUUCAAAUGUUUGGCGGCAAAACACGUCAUGUCUAGCACCCUACAUGUUUUAGAACAUGUUUUUUUUGUCUCGUGUCCACGCUUAGAUGCAACCGACGGUAAUGCAAGUAGUUGUCAUAUAACACUUCUUAUAGUCAUUAAUAAUUCAUGAAGAGAAGAAAGGGGAAAUCAAGACCCUGAUGAGAGUUUGGAACCGAGAGCAAAAUUGAACCACAGCAUACAGCUAUUUGGAGAACAGUUGUCGGAAAAAGUGCAUGCGACAAUUCCGAAAGGUGUUGUGGGUGGUUUUCAGUUCACUGUUCUUCAAAGAAAUUUAAAAGAAUGGCACAAAAGGCCAAGGAACGUGAUAUGUUUGCGAGUGCUGAAGGAAAACAACCAAAGUAGGUUUCACAGCUACAGUGUCAGGAACAGUGUGUUUGUGGGAUUGUCGCCUGCACAUUUUCUCUGACCACCUUUCUCAAAAUAGCUGUAACAAUAAGAAGUCUUAAAACUCUCAUUGCCAAAUUAGUACUGUAGAUUUACCAUCCGUUUUUUUAUUCCACAGUGAGCCAUUUGAUUUAAUCAGUGCAAUUCUAGGUGUUAUACGUGGAAAUCUUCUUGAUUUGGACAUCUGCUCUGUAGUAACACCAACAGAAAAACUGUUUUCUUUCCUGUCAGUUACCUGGGGUAUGGUGUCGGAUGUUGACAUUGAGUCAGAAAAAUACAGGUAUCUGGGGGAGACAAGAUUUCUUGUAGGUGCAAUUAUCAAAAUUUUGGGACUGCGUACCUAUCGAGGGCGACUGUCGUAUCUACCUGCCAAUCACACAGGUGAAGGAGAGAAAAAUUUGGCCUACGACUCUAGCCCGGCGGAAGUUCGCCAAAUCACUCUCACAGAGAAUCAUGUGACUCGCUCGGUAUCUUCUCAGCACAAUUUUCGCAGUGAAGAGUUAGAUGGAAUCUACAGCGACGGUAUCACAGCCUCGCCAAGCCAUAACGUAGGUCCCCGAGAUAAUCUUCUUCCUCCACUGGGAUCGCAAGUGCCAUGUAACUGGGUGGUGGAGGAUGGAGAGUUUAUUCUAGGUGGUCCCAUGUUUUUGAGCCACCUUGGAACUGAUAUCAUGGCAAACCCUGAUGGAAAGUUUGGAGAUGGAGUUAUGGGGAUGUUUUAUGUGAAAUCAGGUGUGGGAAGAAUGACUCUAAUGGAUCUGUUUGGUAAAAUGAAGGAUGGGUCACAUGUCUUAAGCCGUCAUGUGGAGUACGCGAAGGCUUUGGCUUUCCGCUUAGAGCCAGACACGAGUCAGUCAGGAAUUAUAGCUGUUGAUGGCGAAAGAAUAGAUUAUGUUCCAAUUCAAGGCCAAAUACAUAGAUCUCUUGCAAAGUUAAUGUGUAUAGCAACACCUGAAUACUAGAGAGGUGUUAAUAAUCUCAUAGAUUACCAAUCUAAUGUGCCAAGCACGAGAAGAAAUGUCUCACCUAGGUUUCAAACACGCAGACGUAAAAAUAUAGUUUUCUUAAAAUGAUCAGCAAUUUUUGAAGAAAUUAAUUUUACUUAAGGCGAUGGUUCUCAUACAAAUCAGAUUUUUGAUUUUCUCUUGGUCAUAAGUGCUCUCACGAUUCCGCUUACGAGUCCGACUCCGUCGUUAGUAAAAACCAGCCUUAUCCCUAUUUUGAUGUGUAACGUGUUCCGGCAUUUUAUUACUUGUGGACUUAUAGAGAGUCAAAGAAAAUGAAUGAACAACGAGACCUAUAGUCUGCGCCACAGACGAAAAACCUAGGGUUAAGUCGGUCUGUGAAGCAACACCGAAAUCCCCACCUGUACACCAGGAUUUGAGUUUGUGCCAUGGGUGGCGUUUUAAAAAUGCCAUUCUUCGAUUGGCCAAUGUGGGUGAAGGAAAGUUCGAAACGCACUCGUUGAGUCCGUUGGGGGUCAGAACAACUGAGGAUCUUGGUGCUGCUUCACAGACGUUACUAGCUGGGGGUUAGAUGACGUCUUCCACGCAGGCUACGAAACGUACCGUACGAGUCCGUUUGAGGGAGAUGCCGGUUAAGAGAGACUUAAUACGUGCUUCUCUUCUUCUUUUAGUGCCUGUCAGGCAGGCUACAGAAUAAUGAAACCAAGAUUAUCAAUUUGGAGUUUUUUUGUAAAUUUCUUUUAGGUACCAAAGGAUAGUAUGAAUUUGAAGGUUCCUCCCCAUUUUGAAGUUGCAAUUGCACUACUUUAUCGACUUCACCUAAAUUAUUCAAAAUAAAGUCCAAAUUCUUUUUUUUUUUUCAAUAAAAUUUAUA